AUGGAUACUCAAAUGAUCGUUCCCAGAGAUGGCUCUGCCGCCUCAGAAGCCACCAACACCCUUGGUCCACCUCCCAGCAAUACUAGCGAGAUGUCCAAGAUGAUUUCCGACGUUUUAAAGCAACAAGCGUCUCAAUUUGAGACCAUCAUUGGAGAUCUUCGGACUCAAAUAACUCAGCUCAGCAUGGAAAAGCAGCCCUCGAACCCCAACGACCCCAGCAAUGAUUCAUACAAGACUCCGCCCUCCAAAGGCAAGUUUACCUCUAUCAAACUAGCUUCUACGUCAGCACGCAAGAGUCCAAAGGUCCUCAAUAGUGCGACAUCGUCAAAGAUCUCGAACUCCCCCAAGAUCUCGAACUCUCCCAAGACAGCCAGCGGUAAAAAGCCACGGGACAGCAGUGGUACGCCAAACACUCACUCGAUGCCAAAGGGCAAAAAGCCUAUCCGCAAGCGUCACCCGUUGCAAUUGUUAGUGGACGACGUCCCCGCUGAUUUUAAAUCAAUGAAAGAAGCUCUUUUUGUUCAUGUCAAGAUGAUGUGGGGUCUUUACAAAGCCAACGACGUACCAAUGACACCCGGGGCUCCCCUUCUAGUCGAAUUCUACAAGCGCUUUUCAUCAAGCGAAGAGAUUGAACAGGUGAUCGCAGACCCAGCUAGCGGGGAUGUUGUUGCUCGUGAAACGAUCAUGUCCAUGAAGGAGUUUUGUGCUGGUGGUGGCAGAAUUGCCCGGGGUUUAAGUCACAUCGAUCAGAUGUCUAUUCUUUACAUCCAUGGUAUCCUUGCAAAAGUGGGUAUCCGUGUGUGGGGCCCAGACCUCAAUGAGGCCCCUGACAGUCUCUAUAACUCAGCUUGUCGAAUCACUGCUCUCAACACUUUCCGCCAACUGUUGGCUUCCGGCACAUACAACUACAUGAACGUCAAGCUCAAGUACACCGAUUCAAUCUCACUCAUGAUAAAUGUCUAUAAUCAUUAUGUACAUUACUUGAUGGCCGCCAAAUACCAAACUGAACUGAACAACGUAGGAGCCAUUGCGGAACAGAACAGUAAGAAGAAUGUUCAAAAGCGCAGGGAGAGACUUCGUAAAGAGAGAGUGGCUUAUUUAGCGAGACAUCCCUCAAAGUACCCUCCUCGCUAUACAACUGUCGUUUCUGAAACUCUUGCUCACAGUGACGACGAAUGGGACCCAAUCAAAAAGCGUGUCCGCAAACUACCGCGAGUACCUGUUCCUUCAAAAUUCAAGAGAGCUCCUAAAUAUCUGCCACUCGACUUCUACGAUCCUGAAUGGUUCAACGCACUUCCUCCUGGUCAAAAGAUCCUCACUGCCAACGCUUCUCAAGUCGCUUUUCUACCUGACGCUUCCCAAUCUUUCUCACCCAACCGUCACCCGGACGAAACGAUUGGUGAUGCCCGGUUCAACUCCAAGUAUCUUGAUGCUUUGAAGACGCCAUAUGAGAUGUCUGAUAGUGAAGAUGAUCACGAUGAUGACGAGCCCAAAUCAGAUGGAGAUGAAAUUAUCAAUGAUGCUGACAGUCAAAAUGAAGCUGGUGAUCAAGACGAGGAAUCAGAAGGCGAGUUUUAUGAUGAAGGCAAUUUUGGAGACUUGUAUGAAGACUCAGUGGAGGGUAGUGAGGCUGUGGAAAGUGAGAAUGAAGGUAGCGAUGUGAUGGAAGUCUGA